AUGCAUGUCUCUAAUCCUCACCAACCUCUUGACUUGUCCAGCCGAACCACCUUUUUUCAUGACAAUGUCGUCGUCAUGGAGGUCGAUAAUCUUCUUGCCGGAUGGCCCACUUACACAAUAAAUUUCACGCCUGAGCAUCCAGGACCGCUGAAGCUUAUUUUGCACUUGAAGGAUGCAUCGAAAUUUCGAUCAACCAAAGAUGAUGAUAGUGAAGACGAGGCAGAGGGAGCGGGAGCAAGGAAGGAGGAUGCAGAUGUUACCAUGGUGUUUGGAGAUCGGACCACACCACAGGACUCGUCUGAGGAAGAAUAA